AUGGUGGUUCCUGAGAAAGAGCAGAGCUGGAUCCCCAAGAUCUUCAAGAAGAAAGUCUGCACCACGUUCAUCGUUGAUCUGUCAGAUCCGGGAGGGACCCUGUGCCAGUGUGGACACCCCCGAAAUGUGCACCCGUCCGUGGCUGUGGAGGACGCGUUUGGGGCGGCUGUUGUGACUGUAUGGGAUGGGGACGCGCACACCACGGAGAAGCCCACUGAUGCCUAUGGGGACCUGGACUUCCUGGGCUCAGGCCGCAAAGUCAGCAAUUUCCUCCGUCUCUCUGACCGCACGGAUCCAGCGGCAGCUUAUAAUCUGGUCACGAAUACAUGGGGCUUCCAGCCCCCGAACUUGGUGGUGUCAGUGCUGGGGGGCUCCGGGGCCCCCGUCCUCCAGACCUGGCUGCAGGACCUGCUGCGUCGCGGGCUGGUGCGGGCUGCCCAGAGCACAGGAGCCUGGAUUGUCACCGGCGGGCUGCACAGAGGCAUUGGUCGGCAUGUUGGUGUGGCAGUACGAGACCACCAGACAGCCAGCACCGGGGGCAGCAAGGUGGUGGCCAUGGGUGUGGUCCCCUGGGGCGUGGUCAGGAACCGAGAUACCCUCCUCAACCCCAAGGGCUCUUUCCCUGCGAGGUAUCCGUGGCGCAGCAGCUCUGAGAACAGAGGCCAGUUUCCCCUGGACUACAAUUACUCUGCCUUCUUCCUCGUGGACGACGGCACACACGGCCGGCUGGGCGGCGAGAACCGCUUCCGCCUGAAUUUCGAGUCCUACAUCGCUCGGCAGAAGACAGGCGUGAGGGGGACUGGAAUUGACAUCCCUGUUCUCCUCCUUCUGAUUGACGGGGAUGAGAAGAUGCUGAAGCGGAUAGAGAAUGCCACGCAAGCCCAGCUCCCUUGUCUCCUGGUAGCUGGGUCUGGGGGUGCUGCAGACUGCUUGGCAGAGGCCUUGGAGGACACCUUGGCCUUAGGGAGUGGAGGGUCCCGGCGGGGUGAAGCUCAAGAUCGGAUUAAGCGUUUCUUUCCCAAAGGAGACCCCGAGGUUCUGCAGGCCCAGGUGGAGAGAAUCAUGGCUCGGAAGGAGCUGCUCACCGUCUACUCAUCUGAUGACGGCCCUGAGGAAUUCGAGACCAUUGUCUUAAAGGCCCUCGUGAAAGCCUGUGGGAGCUCCGAGGCCUCAGCUUACCUGGAUGAGCUGCGUUUGGCUGUGGCUUGGAACCGUGUGGACAUCGCCCAGAGCGAACUUUUCCGGGGGGACAUUCAGUGGCGGUCCGUGCACUUAGAGGCCUCCCUCAUGGAUGCCCUUCUGAAUGACCGGCCCGAGUUUGUUCGCCUGCUCAUCUCCCGCGGCCUCAGCCUUGGCCACUUCUUGACUCCAGCGCGCCUGGCCCAGCUGUACAGCGUGACGCCCCCCAACUCAGUGGUCCGUAACCUCCUGAGCUCCAGUGGGGGCACCAAGGCCCCAGCCUCUAAAGGCUCCGCGGAGGCUCCGCCCCCUGACGUAGGGCAUGUGCUUAAGCUGCUGCUGGGGGAGAUGUGCGCACCCCGGUACCACGUGGACCCCCAUGCUGGCCUGAGCUCCCACGAGAGUAUGCUACUGCUCUCAGGGAGGGCAACCUCAGAAACCAGGCUGGAUGCCAUCCUGGGCCAGGCACCCUGGAGCGACCUGCUACUCUGGGCCCUGCUGUUGAACAGAGCGCAGAUGGCCCUGUAUUUCUGGGAGAUGGGCUCCAAUGCUGUCGCCUCAGCCCUCGGGGCCUGCUUGCUGCUGCGAGUGCUGGCGCGCACGGAGUCAGAGGCCGAGGAGGCAGAGCGGAGGAAGGACCUGGCCACCAAGUUUGAGGGGCUGAGUGUUGGCCUCUUCAGCCAUUGCCACCGCAGCAAUGAGAAAUGGGCUGCCCGCUUACUCCUCCGUCGCUGCCCGCUCUGGGGCGACGCCACGUGCCUCCAGCUUGCCAUGCAGGCCGACUCCCGUGCCUUCUUUGCCCAAGAUGGGGUGCAGUCUCUGCUGACACAGAAGUGGUGGGGGGAGAUGGACAGCACCACGCCCGUCUGGGCCCUGGUCCUCACCUUCUUUUGCCCCCCACUCAUCUACACCCACCUCAUCACCUUCAGGAAGUCCAAAGAAGAGUCUGCAGAGAGGGAUCCGGAGGGAGACAUAGAUAAGGGCAUCAAUGGGGAAGGGCCUGUGAGGCCAGCAGAACCCACAGAGAAGAUGCCAUUGGGGGUGACCAGUCAGUCCCGAGGCGGCAGCGGCUGCUGUGGGGCGCACAGGCCGAGCCCGUGCCUUUCCCGCUGGUCCCACUUCUGGGGCGCCCCGGUGACGGCCUUCAUGGGCAACGUGGUCAGCUACCUGCUGUUCCUGCUGCUGUUCGCUCGGGUGCUGCUCAUCGACUUCCGGCCAGCGGCGGUCAGUGCCCUGGAGCUGCUGCUGUACUUCUGGGCCUUCACGCUGCUGUGCGAGGAGUUCCGCCAGGGCCUGGGCGGGGGCUGGGGCAGCCUGGCCACCCAGGGCCACGGCCACGGCCACGGCCAUGGCCAGACCCCGCUGCGCCGCAGGCUGCGCUUCUACCUGGCCGACACCUGGAACCAGUGUGACCUGGUGGCCCUCACCUGCUUCCUCCUGGGGGUGGGUUGCAGGUUGACCCCACACCUGUAUGAUCUUGGUCGCGCCGUCCUCUGCCUGGACUUUAUGAUCUUUACUGUGAGGCUGCUACACAUUUUCACAGUCAACAAACAGCUGGGGCCCAAGAUUGUCAUAGUGAACAAGAUGGUGAAGGAUGUGUUCUUCUUCCUCUUCUUCCUCGGCGUGUGGCUGGUUGCUUAUGGGGUGGCCACGGAGGGGCUUCUCAGGCCGAAGGACCGCACUCUCCCCGAUAUCCUGCGGCGUGUCUUCUACCGACCCUACCUGCAGAUUUUUGGGCAGAUCCCCCAGGAUGAGAUGGAUGUGAUCCUCAUGGAGCAUGCCAACUGCACGUCCGAGGAGGGUUUCUGGGAGAACGGCUUCUGGGUGCGCACGUCAAUCACAGGUGGCUCCUGUGUCUCCACUUAUGCCAACUGGCUGGUCAUUCUGCUCCUGAUCAUCUUCCUGCUGGUGGCCAACAUCCUGCUGGUCAAUCUGCUCAUCGCGAUGUUCAGUUACACGUUCGGCAAAGUACAGGGCAACAGUGACCUCUACUGGAAGUUCCAGCGCUACAGCCUUAUCAGAGAAUUCCACUCCAGGCCCGCGCUGGCUCCGCCCUUCAUCAUCAUCUCCCACGUGCGCCUCGUCCUCCACAAAUUGCGCAGACACCGGGCCGGGACCCCGGACUCUCCGCACCCCGGGCAUUUCCGUGUCACCCUCUCCCUAAGGGAUGAGCGGAACCUGUUGACGUGGGAAUCGGUGCAAAAAGAGAAUUUCUUGCUAGCGCGUGCUCGGGACAAGCGGGAAAGCGACUCUGAACGCCUGAAGCGCACGUCGCAGAAGGUGGACACUGCCUUGAAGCAGCUGGGACAGAUGCGCCAGUUCGAUGAGCGUCUGAAAAGGCUGGAGCAGGAGGUUCAGAACUGUAGUCGUGUCCUGAACUGGAUGGCUGAGGCCAUGAGUCGCUCUCCGAUGCUGCCCCCUGGGGGGACACCACCACCUACCCAGGCUGGAACCAAAGGUCAGUGCUUGGGGCUCACCUGGGUAUCUACUGAGUCCGGCUGGUUAAUUUUUAAGGCGUAG